AAAGAGACGAUGGGACAAUGGACAUCAGCUCACCAACAGAGAGAAAUGUCUGGUUCAUCCCAGGUCAAAGAGCUGACAGAAGUAAACCUACGAGGCCAGGCACCGAUAGAAUUAAAGUUUCCAAGCGAGUUGAAUGAUACCCUUUCUAAAACACGGAGACUACAUGUUUUUGAUGAGUCAGGAUGGAAUGUGUAUAAGAGACAUGUAAACACCGAUCGCUACCUAAAGCUUGAACAUUAUACUACCAAUGUCUCUGUUAUUGGAUAUGGAGAAGAAUAUCAUCGGCGUAUAUCUUGGAAUAUCGAUGACGAUGGAGCUUGGAUAGUAUUUGAAGAUAUAUUAGCACUACAUCUAGUAGAAAAGAUCUCUGCACUGGCUCCAUUGUGUGAAAAAGUGGAACAUAUUACCAUUGACUUUGACCACGAUCUGGAUAUUCAAAGGCAUGGAUCAAAACCUUUCAUUCCUAUGAGAUCUGUCCUCACCGUUUGCCUUCGCUCAAUUUUUGCACCACUCCGUGACUCAUUAUGGACCGUCAGCAAGUGUUUUCCAAAUGCAAAGAGUCUUGUGCUGGAUUGCGAAUUAGCAUUAUUUGAAUCCACUUCCAGACACCACUCUGGCAUCCCGCUGUCUUCAAUGAGAAGAUUGGAAUUACAUGUAACUAACAAACGUGACCCCGAUACUCUUGACAACCUUUUUGUUUUGCUUUGUUCUUCCUGUCAAAACAUUGAAUUCCUCACCGUCACAAGCUAUAGAACUCUCAAAUGGAAGAAGUCAAGUACAGCCAUUACAGAAUGUAAAUUGAAUUAUCUGACUGAUAUCCAUCUUCAAUCUCAUCGGUCUGGAGAGCACUAUACAUUUCAACUGUUAGCAGACUUACUACAUGUAGGUCCUAGUUUGAAAUUUGUCAAAUUAGAAAGUGUACAGCUAGGAGAUGUAGUAUUGGAGAGUGUUGAAUGGUCCAGAACAUCUACAGAUUGUGGGUUGCAAAUUAAAGGUGCAUCAGCGGCUGUACCCAUAACUGACAUAAUUGGUCUUACAACUAGUGACCUUAAAGCGGUAACCGUCUUUACAUUAGUCAGUUGCGAGAUUGAUUUUGGUCAGUCUGGACGUAAGUCUCCGCAAAGUCCGAAGGAACUUGGUACACUUCGGGAAAUCAGGUUCGCUGGUUCAGAAAACCCACUUUCUGAAUCUGAUAGGAACAAGCUUUCGAAGUUGUAUCCUAAUGUCACAGUGACUACGACAGUAAUUCAGGAGAGUCAGGAAUCACAUGAAGAUUCUCAGGAGGGUGCAGGGAUACCUUCCAAGUUGGAUAAGGCCUCCUUUGAAUCACUCAAAACCUCUGCCAUAGUACCUGAUGACGGAGAUGUCGAAACAACCAACAAGGAGUGCUGCAAGAGAGUUGGAGCCGAUGGUGGUAGACUGCGGCUAGAGUCCUUUGGGAUUGAACUUGAGAUACCUCCUGGUGCAAUCGACAGCAACGAGCCACAUGAAAUUUCUCUACGUGCCCUGAUUCAUACUCCUAAUCUUGGUGACACCAAAGAAGAGAUGUCAGUCUGCUUUGGUGUACAGUGCUUAGCUCCUGAUGACUUAGUCCUAAGGUCACCGGUGACUUACACAAUACCUCAUUGCGCUGUUGCAUCACGGUACUCCGGUUUAGAGGCAGUCUUGUAUACAGGAGAGGGGGAAUACUCAUCGCAUGCAGUUGUUAAAGAACGGAAAGUACUGUCAAGGUCUGGAAUACCCAGCUGUAAGAUCAUGAAGGACGUACUCGAACUCAAGAUGGAUCAUUUUUCGUGGGCAAAGAUUAAGAUCAGGAUCAAGAACUUCUUCUUCCGCGGAAAGAGGAUGUGCUUUUGGCCGUUUAAACAGAUGAACCUGCCCCUAGCUAAGACACCCGUUAUAUUACAUGCACAUCUAUUUGACGAUGUGAAGGGGAACAAGGUUCAUUCUAUUCACCUUCUUCUUGAAGGCCAAGUCCACCCUGUUGCACCCACAAAUGUAAUAACGCCCACAAAUGUAAUAACACCGACAAAUGUAAUAACACUUUACCCACAAAUGUAAUAACGCCCACAAAUGUAAUACUUUACCCACAAAUGUAAUAAUUUCACCCACAAAUGUAAUAUUGCACUUUACCCACAAAUGUAAUAUUUUUUGAUCGCCCACAAAUGUAAUAAUGACUUUACCCACAAAUGUAAUUAAUUUGAAGGGAUUUUGGGCGAAUCCGUUCUAGACCAAAAUCGUAUAGUAAUGCGUUCAUAUAGCACAAAAGUGCAAAGUCUUGUUUUUCCAGACCCGGUUAAUUCAAAAUUUAUAAUAUAAGUGCAAAGUCUUUUUUCCAGACCCGGUUGUUUCAAAGAUUAUAAUAUAAGUCCAAAGUCUUUUUUCCAGACCCGGUUGUUUAAAAAAUUAUAAUAUAAGUCCAAAGUCUUUUUCCAGACCCGGUAAAUUAAAAAAAUAUAAUAUAAGUCCAAAGUCUUUUUUCCAGACCCGGUUUUUUUUUUUUUUAUUAUAAUAUAAGUCCAAAGUCUUUUUCCAGACUCGGUUAUUUCAAAAAUUAUAAUAUCAGUCCAAAGUCUUUUUUCAGACCUGGUUGUUUCAAAAAUUAUAAUUCAAGACCAAAGUCUUUUUUCCAGACCCGGUUAUUUCAAAAUUAUAAUAUAAGUCCAAACUAAGAUAGGAUAAUGAUAUUCCAGUGGAAUGAAAAUGAGAAUCGAGCUUAGUCUUUUCUCCAGACCCAGUUAAUUAAAACUGUUGGAAUAAAUGUCUUUGUUGUUGUUUUAACUUAUACUGCGCAUAUUGUGAAUAUAUGCACUAAGAGUAAAUUGAGAACUAAGCGUAGUCUUUUCUCCAGACCCGGUUACUUAAAACUAAAAACUAAAACCCUAUAGUAAUGCGUUCAUAUACAUGUAGCAUAAAAGUGCAAAGUCUUUUUUCCAGACCUGGUUAAUUCAAAGAUUAUAAUAUAAGUUAAAAGUCUUUUUUUCCAGACCCGGUUGUCUCAAAAAUUAUAAUAUAGGUCCAAAGUCUUUUUUCCAGACCCGGUUGUUUAAAAAAGUAUAAUAUAAGUCCAAACUAAGAUACCAUAAUGAUAUUCCAGUGGAAUAAAAAUGAAAAUCGAGCUUAGUCUUUUCUCCAAACCCUGUUAUUCCAAAAUUAUAAAUAUCAAUACAACAACAACAAAAACAGUAUAAAGACCCAAUAAUCUCAUAAAUGAUGGCUAACAUGGACAUAUAGCGUAGCCUUUUAGCCAGACCCAGUUAUUUUUUUCAAAAUAUCGCUAAUAGUAAUAAUAAAUAAAUUCAAAAUCUAAGACCAAACAAUUCUUCAACCUAAGAACCUGUUUUAAAAAGAGGUUUAGAGCGUUGUCUUUAUUCAAGACCUAAUCAUU